GAUUUCCCCUGGGGCUCAGAUGGUCUAAGCUGCUGCCAAUAUGAUGGAUGAUGACACAGAGUUGAGGACUGAUGGAAACUCCCUGUUAAAGGCUGUGUGGCUGGGGAGGCUCCGGUUGACCAGACUCCUCCUAGAAGGGGGAGCUUACAUCAAUGAAAGCAAUGACAAAGGUGAAACAGCUCUCAUGGUGGCGUGCAUCACCAAACAUGUAGACCAGCAAAGCAUCAGCAAGUCCAAGAUGGUGAAGUACUUGUUGGACAACAGGGCAGAUCCCAAUAUCCAGGAUAAGUCUGGAAAGACUGCUCUCAUACAUGCCUGCAUCAGAAGAGCUGGGGGAGAGGUGGUCUCCUUAUUGCUGGAGAAUGGUGCUGACCCCAGCCUUGAGGAUCGCACUGGGGCUUCAGCCCUGGUUUAUGCAAUAAAUGCAGAUGACAAGGAUGCCUUGAAACAUCUCCUUGAUGCCUGCAAAGCCAAAGGGAAGGAAGUGAUUAUUAUUACAACAGAUAAAUCAUCUUCAGGCACCAAAACCACCAAACAGUAUCUUAAUGUUCCUCCUUCACCCAAAGUGGUAGACAGACAGUCACCUCCACUGUGUGCAUCUCCUUCUGACAUUGAACUGAAGGCUUCAGGCCUGGGUUCUCCACCCAAUGAGGAGGAUGAUGAAAUCUUCAGUCUCCAAACAGGACACCCAAGUGGUUGCAAUACCUCUAAGGUCCUCAAUGAGCCUGGGUCACCCACCAGGAAGGUUGGUAAUCUUAAAAGGGCCCGUUUGCCCCAACUGAAGAGGCUCCAGUCUGAACCCUGGGGCCUGAUUGCACCUUCUGUGCUGGCGGCUUCCACUCGUCAGGAAGAGACCCAUAGUGCCAGUGUGGAUAACGAGGUCAUCAGGAACAUCAGUGACAUGUCCUUUCCUAAGAGGGGGCCCCUCUCCAGAACCAACAGCAUCGAUGGCAAAGAUCCUGCACUUUUUCCCAUGGUACCAGAGCAGGUUCUGAAGGUUCCAGCCUCUUCAGCACCAGCUUCCUGGAAAGCAGCCUACGAGAAAGGCCAGGCUUCUCACCCACGUCUGGCCAGGAGAGGAACACUUCCUGUUGACCAAGAGAAGGGCAGCGUGUGUCCAUCAGGAACCUCCACUCUCAAAGAGUCAACAUGCCUCAAACGGCUGGAAAAUGACCUUUAUGAUUUAGAUUUACAGCCAGGGACUGACCCACCCAACUCCAUUUCUCUUGAGUCAGGCAAGGGACCCUUAGAUAGGAAGAAGCUCAAUGGCUCCCACUUGUCUCUUUUCCAUGGCUCUCGGGAGUCCCUGGAUGCUGUGCCCAGCACGUCCCCCAGCUCAGUGCGUCGCAGGCCACCACAUCUUUUAGAAAGACGAGGUUCUGGAACUCUGCUACUGGACCGCAUUUCUCACACUAGGCCUGGCUUUCUUCCACCUUUAAAUGUGAAUCUGAACCCACCUAUCCCAGAUAUUAGAUCUAGCACUAAACCUUCUUCACCACUUGCUAGUGGCUUGAAACCUAUGGUUCCUGCUGCUCCAAGCUCACCAAAGAGAGUUGACUUGAGAAGCAAAAAGAAGCUGCUCAGAAGGCAUUCUAUGCAAGCCGAACAGAUGAGGCAGCUGUCCGACUUUGAAGAAAUCAUGACCUAGACACUUUUAGAAAUGCUUC